AUGACCUUACUAAUAAUUCUAAUUUUAAAAUAUCUAUUAUGUUUAGAAAAUUUGAAAAAUAUAUCGCUACAAAUUUCAAAAAAUAAUACUAUAAAUAAUAUCAAUUGUGAAAAUAAUUUUAAUAAUAUUAAUAAAAGCUAUUCAAUAAAUGAAAGCAAUUCAGCAAAAAAUGAUUUUGUUAAAUUUUUGAAAUUCAUUUUUUUUCAUGCAUUUUAA